AUGAGUCCAUCUUCUUUUACCGAUCAAGAGGUGCGGUUGGCAACGGAGCGGCGUCUAAAAUAUAUCGGAACGGCCAAAGUCAACAUCAGUCACAUUCAAUUCGACCCUCCUUUGCCCCGGGACUUGGAUUUGAAGAACUUGGAGCGACUCCGUGGCAUCUUCCGUAAGAACAGUUGUCGCCGUCUGGAUGUCGACAAUCAUAUCCCUGCGAUUGUAUCCCAACAUGAUCUCACGGAUGCCUUGCGAAAGGCGAAUGUUCCACAGCAAUCACUGUUGACCAAUGAUGCUCAUCAAAUCCCCCGUCUCAAAUUUUCGGCAGGCCAACUUCGGGGGUUACAUGGCCGUCACCGCGUGCAGGCAGGGGCUGAGGUACUUCCCCCGGCAGAUCGCUGGUGGAUUAUCGAUCUCUACUUAGAUGACAUCGGUGAGGAGCUGAGAGCGUUCUUGGUGGAGGAGUAUGCGAAUCAGAAGAAACCGACUGACGGAGACAUCUAUCGAAAAAUAAGACAGUAUGAGGGCGAAGAUAAUGAGGCUUUUCGGGAGCGGUGGUUCGUGAGACUGUCAUCUAGCAACCAAGAGAAAUUAGACCAGUUGGACAACAAACGAAAUCACCGUCUGCGGCGUGCAUUUGAUAGGUUGUUGGCUAUUCCUGGUCUUUGGUCCGGCGGAAUGAGGAUAAGUGUUCUUCAUCGAUUGAUAGCCUCGGGCUGUGUCGAGGAGAUAAUAACCUAUCUGGACCAUAUCUGGAACUUUUGGUCUUCAUUGGUCGCCUCAAACCGUCUGGCAAUGAAGAAGAUUGACCAGGAUACCGUUGAAGCCCUCCAGUUGCUUGCACCUGGUAAAUCACGUACUGACAAAAAAACGGCUCGUGGACUUGUCCUGGGUGGUCAAGCAUUCGGGGAAUUCGGCGAUGAAGAGAGACGCAGCAUUUGGGCCCGCUUGAAAGAUUUCGAUGUACUUGUUCCUUCUUUGUAUACUUUUUUUGAAGACUUUAAAUACUUGGAGAGCUGCGCUCAUUGCGUCAAGAGACUUUUUGGCCCGUCAACGUCUAUUUGGCAAAGCAUGAGCUCGAUGUUUGUUCCCCAGUCAGAUUCGGAAGACGGUACUGGGGUAGAAGAAAGUCUUAUCCAAACAUCCGAGUCUACUUUUCGGCAUCAGCGAGCAACCGAUGUGGAGCGUCUUGAGACAGGCUACUGGCAGAUAUGGCUCUAUGCCAUGCGGCACUAUACUCUAAUGCCCCCAGACCCCAAAAAGGAGGAUGAUCUCUUGGCGAAAUCAGCUCGUGCGAAGCCCGAUCAGAGGGCAAUCUAUGAAAUGGCUGAACUUGCUCGCCACCUCGGUUUCAAGUCCACGGAGAUCGAAAUGUUGAUCAACAGUUCUCCCGAUCAUCAGAUCGCGCGAUCGGCUCUUUUGCAGGCCCGAAAGCCGGAUCGAUACCGAUAUGACCGCCAGCAGUUCGAUCUCUUGAUUAAUCAGAUCGUUGGUUGUUUUGCACAUGCGGUUCCUGACCAGCCCGGCCGGUCACAAGAACUUCUCGCGGAUAGUACCAUGAAGCCCAAGGUUCGCUGCGGGGUGCCACAAGCGCGAACUCAGAAGCAAGACAACGCCUUGCUUUUCCUGGACUGUGUGAAUGCUGAAGUUGAGAUGGCCGACACUAUCACUAGUUUCUUUGUUCGCCGAUGUGUCUAUUUUGCAUUUUUUGGAAAGCCUACACAGCACAGACUAGCUCCCGAGGGAGACCAACCUAUGGGGGACCUGCCUCAGUCGCCGCUGUUUGUCGAAAGAGAAGAGCCACCAGAUAUCUACGAGGAAACUGUGAAUGCAGCUCCACGAAACGAGCUUACCCAUGGCCGGCGAGAGGAGUCACAAGGCGAUGGCGCCGGACUGAGUGAGGCGCGACCAAGCACGGCAGCCCAGCAACCACCGAGGAGGAGAGAUGAACAGGAUCAUCUGAGGCGUCAACGGCGAAAAGCUCGUGUGCGCAGACUCUGUUGUACUUGGCAGGCUUUCCGGAGAUGCUGUCGGCGGAGUUAUGUCGGUCUCAUUACCCAAAGGUCUAACCGAAGGCGUCCAUUCAGUCUCACCCGUGUUCGCAGAUAUCUUGGUUUGCAUCAGCCGCGGUUCCGAGGGAAGACUUUCGGAGCGAAUCGUAUGAGCUGCAACAGCAAGGGUUACCUGAUCGGAUAUAAGUCUGAAGCUUGGAUGAUGAGUGUACGAGAGCUGUGGGAACUUUGUUUGUAG